AUGCCUACAGCUUUGACGCCCAAGCUUUGCAGCGAGGCGCUGGCAACAAUCAGGCCUGCCGCGCAAGCCUUUGCUGCUUCCGGUGGUGCCUUGCAGCGCUCCUUCGCAGCUGUCUGCCCUGGAUCUUGCUGGGCGGUUGCAUACUUUGGCUGUGCAGUGACAGGCAACACGAGCUCGCGGAGGCUGCCUUGUCUUUGGGACGUACCUUGCUUUUUGUUUCAGUCGUGUUUACCCGCAUGCAAAGCCAAGACGGUUGAGCUGCCAGAUUCUUCCUCGAAGAGCCCAGAAGAUCUGACAUUGUUUGACCCAACGCCGUGCUUGUGGCAUUUGGGGGCUUCAGCCCGGUACUUCUGCAACACCUCCCAGCUGGACGUAAUCUUUUUGGGAAAUCAGCAUGUCACCUCUGUGUUGGCCCGGUGUCGCUCCCCUUCUCACCCCGCCUACAGUGCCAUGAUGUGGGCCAAAUCCAGCGAGCAAGCAUGUGCUUCAUCCAGAACAGGGCUUGCAGGGGGUAUGUGUCCGCACCUUGCUUGA